GGUAUCAUGGAGGAAACUCGUACCCGUGGUCGCGUUUCUGAAGCUUGGUCUACCCCUUCUUCUACGAAGCAUGACUCGUCAGCACGCGACUGCAUGAACGGUGCAGGGCCUAGUGCGAUAAUCGGCGAUACUUGCUCAGCCAUCGCCCUAUCGCUCUCCGGUGGAACGGUAGGAGGAGGUGGAGGCGAAUAUAGUUAUGGUUCCCUUGUUACGCAUCUUUAAGAUUCCCCUUGGCAUCAUCUAUGUCUAUCUUUAUGUACUUAUACUACAAUUUACAAUACAAUGAAUCUCGCACCAAGUAGUACAGUAAAGGACUACUAACCGAUUAUGAUUACUAAUGCAUUGGGUUCGAUUAUUUUAGGGGACACAACCGCGGCUCCGCGCCGCCGGUCUGCUCGUGAUAGUCUUUGUAGGGUAGCAGGCCUCAUGUAUGAAGUCAAGCGUCUGCUCGGGGGCGCCGUGCCCUCAACAAGAACAUUAACAUGAUAGCCCUUCCAUGACCCUGAUCCCCUUUGUUCAUCUCCCGCACGAGCUUGGCCGGAAAACAUAUGCUUUGCCUGGCGUGUUCACGUGGACGCAUGGGGGAAUAAGGGCUGAUAUCUGGGAAUCCAGCACAGUCUUACGGGUUGGAAGUUGACAUCUCUAUGAGCAUCUCUAUGGGUUCUUCAAGUCAGAAAGCCAUAGAUAUGCGAGCUAGAGCGGUCAACUUUCAACCUCUAACAGUCCGUAGCCAAUUGCUGCAGCGAGGCUUUCACUGUGAAAUCUUUGCCUCGACAUCGAGCCAAACACGACCAGGAACUUUGAGAAUAUCCUGGUGAGGAUAAGUUUUUUGAAAUCAAUGAAUAAGAAUAUCAACGAAUAGAUACCAUAGACCACUGUGUCUUUGGCACACUAAGAAAUGUGCUCCGUUUCACUGUUCUUUGUCACCACAUUAAAGAUGAAAUGCACUUUUUUUCGCGUUCUUCGUUCUUCGCCACGACUUGUUCUUACUACCAAACAAAUAACUAGAUUCGAUAGAUACUGGUACCAACCGCACCAGACUCAGGGCAAAGUUCCUACGGUAGUUGAUUCUGGUUAUAGUCUUGGUAAUAGAUACGAAAUUUUAUCCUUCGGCUCCAAACGCCACCCCAGUUUUUAAUUCAAAAUCUUUCUCCAGAGUCGCUCUUGUCGUCUGUGACUUGGGCCAACAAUAGCUAAUGAUUCGUGCGCAGCCGCGCUAAUUUCGUGAGGUAGUUCCUCCUAGGCGUCUUAGACACACAAGUGCAAUGAAUACUCGGCUGCCAAAACAAUCAAAAAGAAAAAUCACGAAACCCGAUCACAUUAAAAUCGACCCCUUUUGUAAGAUUUCUUAUUCGUAUUUUAUCUUCCAUUAAAAUCGAUGUGACUCAACCUGAUUCAAAUCGAUGUGUACUCAAGUCACCGCCUCGAUAGCUCUUGUUGACCUUACCUAGGUCACCCAUCAUCCUCGGAGACGAGCAUGCGCCUGUGAGGCUCGUUGUGAAGGAUCCACAGCCUCACCUAACCUUCUUAUUGACAUUUUUGUACCUGCAUGUGCAUCUAGUACCUCAGCCUCUAUCUCCUCCUCUUCUGCCUGAGUUUGGCUCAAUCAAGAAGGGGAGGAGAUAGAGGCUACUUUUAAUCAACAUGUGAUCGAAAACUCAAAAUAAAUACGCGAGUUAAAUUGACUGAAAUACAAGAGAAGUCUUGACUACAUUCCUCUUCUUUUAGUAUCUCCCUUAUUUAAGUAGUUACUCGCUUGAGUCCAUAGCUUUUCGAAGUCUCAGUUGUAAUUGGAAGCACCCCCUGAAGAUCUUGGCCCGUCCGUCUUGUUCAAUGAAUCCUUUCCCCAUGUACGACAGCUACCCAGCUCUUCUCGUCACCUUUGUGUCUUAAUCAUGUUGCCUCACUGAAAUAACUAAGACGAGUGUCAAAAAUUGAUGAAAUGUUUUUCUCGUUCUUUGACAUUGACUGAAGACGGCUCCAACGAAUGAACAAUGCUUCAUUUUUUCAAUUCAUACAUACACGACCUUACAUCAUGUAGUCUACUCGUAUUAGAUAGACUGAUCAAUGCACAACUCUUCACCCUGUACAACUGACGCUUCCAAGAAAAAUAGUGUGGUAUGAACCACCGAUAGCUGCUUACUCAUCGAUUGACAUCAUGUAACCCAUAAGAUGACUCAUAUUUUUCAUGGCCUUGGCCCUGACACGUAAUUUCAAUUUGUUUCUUUCUUUGUUCUUGAAAUAUUUGUCUCUCCUGAGCAUGGAGGCCCAUGCGUCUGAUCCC